CAUGAUCAUAUGACUACUACGUCACUCGCCAUCUUGCAGAUCCCGAGCUAAGCAUUCAUUUUGCAUUCAUUUUUGUUAGAGGUAGUUUCUAGAUCCAGCUUACUCCUAAAACCAAAGAAAAUGUCUGGCUCUACAUACGAUAUGAACGCACCUCCCUAUGCUGGCUUCUUUGGCGUAAUGGGAGUAACGUCUGCUAUUUCAUUUUGUGCAUUGGGUGCAGCUUAUGGAACAGCCAAAUCAGGCACUGGAAUCUCAGCAAUGGCUGUUAUGAAGCCUGAACUCAUCAUGAAAUCUGUUAUUCCAGUCGUCAUGGCUGGUAUCAUUGCCAUUUAUGGUCUGGUCGUGGCUGUAGUUAUUACACAGGAUAUGCCAAAGGAUGGCUAUUCACUUUUCAAGAGUUUCACUCAUCUUGGUGCAGGUCUUAGUGUUGGUCUUAGUGGGAUGGCUGCUGGCUUUGCUAUUGGAAUAGUAGGAGACGCAGGUGUUCGGGGUACGGCACAGCAACCAAGGUUAUUCGUCGGCAUGAUUCUAAUUCUCAUUUUUGCGGAAGUGUUGGGUCUAUAUGGGCUCAUCGUUGCCCUUAUUUUGUCAGUAAAGUAGAUCUUUCCAAAGUUAAUAUCUCUAAAGCCAAGAAAAGAGCAGUUAUAGUAUGGUUUAUUUUUCAAAAUGCCAACUUAAGGGCGGUCUUCUUAGUUUUAAGUGUUAGCUGAAAUUGAUCCUUUCCCUUGAAUCUAGCAUAUAGUGUACCUGAUAAAUAUUGUAUUGUGGGUUUAGUAAGUGAUAAAGUUAAUUUUUGAACUGGUUCUCAUUUUGUUAGUUUAAUUUUUACCACUAUUUUCAUGACAAGCGUUUAUACCAGACAGAGAAAUUCUGCAGCUAACUUUUGGACUAACUUUCCCAAUCAAAACUUUUCAGAACUUAAAUAUUUUGCACAUUGUAUAGGCCCUUCUUGUCUAUUUGUAAAAAUAUUCUUGGCCCCAAAAAUUAAAUAAUUUCUGAUGAGGUUGGCCUAAAGCAAAUUACCAUUUAGGAAUGUGCCAAAUAGGUAUUAUUUCUUUCUCUAUAAUUUUGACAACUUAAAGGGCGAAUUUUCCACUAAAUUGCUGUGAUUAGUUAAUGGACACUGUUGCAUUCUACUUUGUUGUGGAUUAAAUUGAAUAAUGCACAACUAAGAUGGUUGUUCAUCAAUUGAUGAAUUAGAAAACAGGUGUCAAUAUAUAUAAUAUAUAUAAACCUUAUUUCAUGUCAUGUUUUAAAAGCCAUGUAUAACAGGAUUUUGUUUUUAAUUCAUUUUGUUCAAAGUGAUUUCUGUUCAUGUUAAUCAGUUUUUGGUCAGCUCUAAGCUCAACUGCUUAUCUAAAUUACAGCUUAAAAGAAAUUUUGCUAGCUUAAAAAUAAAGCAUUGAGGAGCUCUGUGACUGUAAAUCUUUGUCAAUAAAAGGGUAAUCUGUAGAUUCUUGGGAUGCAAUUUUUGGUCAAAACUUCACAUGUAAUGUUAUGAAAUUUAACAUUCCGUUCAUUGUAAUCUUGGAAAAUUAAAGUAGAAUUUUUAAAGCUUUCAUCUGUCCAAUCACUUGUUUGCUUUAAGUAGUUGAUGUAACCCUUGUUUCUGAUGUUUACUACUUAUUUCACCUAGUACCCACUCUAUUUUUGAAGGGUAGAACAUUUUUGGUUGUCAAAUUAUCUUGAAUGUUGGCAUCUUUGUGUUAGUUUCAUGGUAUUCACCAGAUUUUGUUGUAGAUAGUUGCCAUGUUAUUGUACAGGUCUAGUGCUAGAUAAUUUAUGGAAUGAAUGUUUGUCAAGAAUGACUCGUAUUUUUUGUUAAUUACUAGUGUCCAUGUUAUCAUUUUCUAUUUUUUUUAAAAUAGAAAGAUCUGUGUGGUGCACUCAAGCAUUUGAUACUCGUAUUUUAACAGUAAAUACUAAGUCAUCAUUAUGAGUGUCAGGAUGAUAGCUAAUUUAUACUAUUCUAUACUUUUAAAAACAAAAUACUUGGAAAUUGUAUUAUGAAGAAUCCUAAUAAACUGUAGAGGCAAUCAUGUGUAUUUAAUCUAUUGUAAGAGAGUCUAAACAUUAUCAUUGUGUGGAUGAUUGAACCUUUUUUUUUAGUUUGGUAGUAUUUUUGGUUGUGCAUUUGAGUGAGGUCAAAAGAAAAUAAAAGGUAUAAAACUUCCAUAAGUUCAUAAGGAAACUUUUGUAAGAGUAGUGAUUCUUGCCUAGAAAAGUUGGUUUGAGUGUGCAUGUUUUUUCUAUUGGUGUCAUGCAGUAAUGUCAAUAAAAGUUUAAAUCUUUA